AUCGAAAUCGAUAGGUUCAAAAAGUAAACAAACAUAUGAACGCGAGAAGAGCAGGAAUUAUAUUAAAUAUGGCCAAAAAUGUGAAGAAACUAACGUUGGCCAACAAAUUGGCUAAACGAGGAGAUGUGAUAAAACCCACAGAGAUAAUUAGCAGACAGAAUAGGGCUGAUAAUGUGAGGGAUAUUGAGGAUCUAGUGGGUGCGGUAGGAUCUAGUAGCUCUAUUUACUUCUCCCCGAUUCGGACCCGCAAGCAGCGCAUCAUAAAUGGAGAAUCUCUUAAAAUGGAACCCCUUAAAAUGGAAUCCCUUAAAAAAGAACCCCUAUCUCCGACUCGAGUCCCACCAAAAAAAAAUAAAAAGGAAGAUCAUACGGUAACCAAAAUUCAAGUGGGUUCCGCUACUGUAGUCAAAUGUAAAGUGGUCCAAGAAGCUGCCGAAUCUCCCAUAAGGAUUGAUAAGAUCAAGAAGGAAAUGGAACCACAAAUAAAGCAGGAACUGAAUAUACAAGAAAGCCUAGAGUCCUUAAAAACUUUUAAAACAGAACUGGUUAACCAAUUGGAUCCAAAUUUAUAUCCGGAAGUACAAGCACCACAUCCUUUAUGGUAUAAUCAUUUAGAAAACAUACGCAUCAUGAGAAACUCUAAAAGUGCUCCUGUGGACACCAUGGGAUGCCAUCGCUGUGCUGACUCCAAAGCAGAUGCAAAGACCCAACGCUUCCAAAACUUAGUAGCCCUAAUGUUGUCCAGUCAAACCAAGGAUCAAACCACCUUUGAAGCCAUGAAUCGCCUUAAAGACCGAACUCUAACUCCACUCAAAUUAAAGGAAAUGCCUGUAACCGAACUGGAGAACUUACUGCAUCCCGUUUCCUUUUAUAAGAACAAAGCAAAAUACCUCAAGCAAACUGUGGAGAUACUUAUGGACAAAUAUGAUUCGGAUAUUCCGGAUAAUAUCAAGGAACUUGUGGCUCUUCCAGGAGUUGGGCCCAAGAUGGCUCAUAUAUGUAUGGCAGUGGCCUGGAAUAAGAUCACCGGAAUUGGAGUCGAUGUCCAUGUGCAUCGUCUAUCAAAUCGAUUGGGUUGGGUACCGAAGCCCACAAAGGAGCCGGAACAAACCCGGAUCGCAUUGGAGAAGUGGCUGCCUUUUAGCCUCUGGUCGGAAGUUAAUCAUCUAUUCGUUGGAUUCGGGCAAACCAUUUGCACUCCAGUGAAACCUAAUUGCGGAGAAUGCCUUAACAAGGAUAUUUGUCCUUCGGCCAACGUUGAGACUAAACCAAAAAAGAAGAGGGACCGAUAGUAACAUAUUCUGCAUGCCAUGAUUCAACACCAACGUUUAUAAAAUUAGCAGUAUUAAGCGAUGAAUUGUGUUAACCAUCUCAGGAAAAAUAAGUUCCAAAGGGACUAGAAGUCCAAAGUGUUACAUCGAUCUAAGAUACGAACAUUUAGAAAGACCUAAACUUAUAAUUUUUCAGUUACAUUCAUUCCA